CACAACUUUUCCUUUCAGUAUUCCGAACCAAAAUUAGGGUUUCGUUUUGGUUUUGGUUUUUAAAAUUCUCUCUUCAUCUCUCUGAAAUAUUCUCCAUACACAAUGAUGCAGCAGCCAGGAGCCGGCGCACCACCACAGAUGGGCGGCCCACCCCUACAACAACCGCCAUCAAUGGCUCCAGCACCGCCGCAGCAAUACCAGCAGGCUCCACCAGCACCUUACAUGAUGAUGAUGCCUCCGUUACCUCAACCUCAGCCUCCUCCACCGGCGGGUAUGUGGGGCCACCACCAGGCUUCCAUGCCUCCCACGGCGGCUCCACAACAGCAACAACAGCAACCCAGUCAACCCACUAAUGCCGAUGAAGUCCGUACGCUUUGGAUCGGAGAUUUGCAGUAUUGGAUGGAUGAAAAUUAUAUAAAUAGCUGCUUCGCUCACACUGGCGAGGUUACUUCUGUAAAAGUGAUUCGUAAUAAGCAAACUGGUCAAGUAGAAGGGUAUGGAUUUAUUGAGUUUGGCAGCCAUGGGACUGCGGAGAGAAUAUUGCAGACUUAUAAUGGUACUCCUAUGCCCAAUGGUGAGCAGAAUUUUAGGCUGAAUUGGGCAUCUUUUAGUGGGGGUGAUAAGCGCGAUGAUACGCCAGAUUUUACCAUUUUUGUGGGAGACUUGGCUGCUGAUGUUACUGAUUAUAUACUGCAAGAUACAUUUAGGGUUCAUUAUCCAUCAGUUAAGGGGGCUAAGGUUGUUAUUGAUAGGCUUACUGGGCGGACAAAAGGUUAUGGGUUUGUUCGGUUUGGUGACGAAAGCGAACAGGUACGUGCUAUGACUGAUAUGAAUGGUGCUUUUUGUUCAACAAGGCCUAUGCGGAUUGGACUCGCUACUAACAAGAAUGCAGUUACGGGCCAGCAAUACCCUAAAGCUUCCUAUCAGAAUUCUCAAACUCAGGGUGAGAACGAGAACGACCCAAAUAAUACAACUAUAUUUGUUGGUAAUUUGGAUUCCAAUGUUACGGAUGACAAUCUGAGAGAGCUUUUUGGCCGUUAUGGACAAUUAUUGCAUGUGAAGAUACCUGCUGGCAAACGAUGUGGGUUUGUUCAGUUUGCUGACAGGAGCUGUGCAGAGGAAGCAUUGCGGUUGUUAAAUGGAACUUCAUUGAGUGGACAAAGUAUUCGGCUGUCAUGGGGACGCAGUCCUUCAAACAAACAGCCUCAACCAGAUGCCAAUCAGUGGAAUGCCGGAUAUUAUGGAUACGCACAAGGAUAUGAAAAUUAUGGCUAUGCUCCUGCUCCACAGGAUCCUAACAUGUACUACGGGAACUAUCCUGGGUAUGGGAAUUAUCAGCAGCAGCAGCAGCAGCAGCAGCAACAACAACAACAACAGCAAGUGGGAUAUAGCUGAGAAGUGUUGGUCUAAGCGUGCUUCAUUUUAUAUUAUUAGUUGGAUGGAUUGGUGCUAGUUCCAUCUGUGUGCCUUUCAGGCUGAAGCCAAUUCAGGCUGUGUGCUAAUAGCUUAUGCACUGUAGGAACUUCCAGUUUGCCAAAUUUUGGUUGAUUACUAUCUUAACUUGCUAUUAUUUUGUUUCUGUAUUAUGUAUUUGACUCGGUUUUGAAUGUGUUUUAGCUACUGCGACUGUAAUUGACAGCCUGGUUCACUGGCACAGUUUUAUUAGACCCUCACAAAUAGUCUUGGUAAAACUUUUUAAGUGCAUAGCACAUCUUGCAAAUA